GGGCCCUUCUACCUCUUCUGUCUUUUCUCUCCCACACCUCCAGCCGCUCUGAAAUUGUCUCCCUACCUGGAUCUUUCAGGGUGCCCCGGGGUGGAGUCAAUAGGACCGCUACACUCUGAUCCUGACAAGGCUCUGGGGAGCUGCUGACCUGGGAUGUCGGUGUUCCGGCUGGGUGACCAUGUGUGGCUGGACCCUCCCUCCACCAGCAAGGCUGGGGUGUCCAUCGGGGGCGUUGUCAAAGAAACAAAAGUGGGGAAGAUCUUGAUUGAGGAUGAUGAGGGCAAGGAACACUGGAUCUAUGCAGAAGACCUCAGCGCCCUCAGGCCCAUGCACCCCAACUCAGUCCAAGGAGUGGAUGACAUGAUCCGCCUCGGGGACCUGAACGAGGCAGGUGUGGUACACAACCUCCUGAUUCGAUACCAGCAGCACAAGAUCUAUACCUACACCGGCUCCAUCCUGGUGGCUGUGAACCCGUUCCAGAUGCUGCCCCUGUACACCCUGGAGCAGGUACAGCUCUACUACAGCCACCACAUGGGGGAGCUGCCUCCCCACGUCUUUGCCGUGGCCAACAGCUGCUACUUCAACAUGAAGAAGAACAAGAGGGACCAGUGCUGCGUCAUCAGUGGCGAGUCUGGGGCUGGGAAGACUGAGACCACCAAGCUCAUCCUUCAGUUCCUGGCUACAGUCAGCGGCCAGCACUCGUGGAUUGAGCAGCAGGUCCUGGAGGCUAACCCCAUCCUGGAAGCCUUUGGCAACGCCAAGACCAUCCGCAAUGACAACUCCAGCCGCUUCGGCAAGUACAUCGACAUCCACUUCAACUCCAGCGGAGUGAUCGAGGGCGCCAGCAUCGAGCACUUCCUCCUGGAGAAGUCGAGGGUCUGCCGGCAGGCUGCAGAGGAGCGUAACUACCACAUUUUCUACUGCAUGCUGAUGGGGAUGAGCCUGGAGGAGAAGAAACUGCUGGGUCUGGGCAUGCCCUCUGAGUACCACUACCUGACCAUGGGAAACUGCACAUCCUACGAGGGGCUCAGUGAUGCCAAGGACUACGCACACGUUCGCUCGGCCAUGAAGAUCCUCCAUUUCUCAGACUCCGAGAACUGGGAUAUCAGCAAGCUGCUGGCAGCUAUCCUCCACCUGGGGAACGUGGGGUUUAUGGCUGCAGUCUUUGAGAACCUGGAUUCCUCUGAUGUGAUGGAGACGCUGGCCUUCCCCUUCGCAGCGAAGUUGCUAGAGGUGCAGCACCAGGCUCUCCGGGACUGUUUGAUCAAACACACAAUCCCCAUCCGUGGAGAGUACGUGUCCAGGCCCUUGAACAUUGCACAGGCUGCUGACCGGAGGGAUGCCUUUGUCAAGGGCAUCUAUGGGCAGCUCUUCCUGUGGAUUGUCAAGAAGAUCAAUGCUGCAAUCUUCACCCCACCAUCCCAGGAUCCCCAAAAUGUGCGGAGGGCUAUUGGUCUUCUGGACAUAUUUGGCUUUGAAAACUUCCAGAACAAUAGCUUUGAGCAACUCUGCAUCAACUUCGCCAACGAGCACCUUCAGCAAUUCUUCGUGAAACAUGUGUUCACCAUGGAGCAGGAGGAGUACCUGUCGGAGAACAUCUCCUGGGACUACAUCCACUACACCGACAACCAGCCCAUCCUAGACAUGCUGGCCCUCAAGCCCAUGAGCAUCAUCUCCCUCCUCGAUGAGGAGAGCCGCUUCCCACAGGGGACAGACGUCACUAUGCUGCAGAAACUGAACGGCGUCCACGCCAACAACCAGUUCUUCCUGAGACCCAAGAACAUCCACGACACCAGAUUUGGGAUUGCGCACUUUGCGGGUGAAGUGUACUACCAGGCAGGAGGCUUUCUGGAGAAAAACCGAGACGUGCUGAGCACAGACAUCCUCACCCUGAUUCACUCCUCCAAAAACAAGUUCCUGAGGGAGAUAUUCAACCUGGACUCACCACAGACAAAGCUGGGGCACGGCACCAUCCGCCAGGUGAAGGCAGGAAGCCAGCUCUUCAAGCCAUCAGACUCCACCAAGCGCCCGCUCACCCUCGCAGGCCAGUUCAAGCAGUCGCUGGACCAGCUGAUGAGAAUCCUUACCCACUGCCAGCCCUACUUUAUCCGCUGCAUCAAACCCAACGAGUACAAGAAGCCAUUGCUGUUUGACCGAGAGUUGUGCAUUCAGCAGCUGCGUUACUCCGGCAUGAUGGAGACCGUGCACAUCCGCAAGUCAGGUUUCCCCAUCCGAUACACGUUUGAGGAGUUCUCACAGAGGUUCCACAUGCUGCUGCCCAGCCCUGACAGCGUGCAGUUUCAAGACAAGCACCGCCAGAUGGCCUUGCGUAUUGCUGACCUGUGCCUGGGGACAGACAAAGACUGGAAAGUGGGAAGGACCAAAAUCUUCCUGAAGGAUCAUCAGGACACAAUGCUGGAGAUCCAGAGGAGCCAGGCCCUGGACGGAGCAGCUCUUUGUAUCCAGAGAGUCCUCCGGGGACACAAAUACAGGAAGGAGUUUCUGAGGCAGAGACAGGCAGCUGUGACCCUCCAGGCGGUGUGGCGAGGCCAUUGCCAAAGAAAGAAUUUCAAGCUGAUCCUAGUGGGCUUUGAGCGCCUCCAGGCCAUUGCCCGAAGCCACCUGCUGGCAAGACAGUUCCAGAUAUUGCGGAAGAAGAUGGUGCAGCUGCAGGCCCGCUGCAGGGGCUACCUGGUGCGACAGCAGGUCCAGGCCAAAAAGAGGGCAGUGGUGAUCAUUCAGGCACAUGCCAGGGGCAUGGCUGCCCGGCGGAACUUCAGGCAACAGAAAACCCCAGUAGGCCACUUGGGACCUCAGGUCACGCCGACUAAGGAGAAAAAGGGUCAAGGUGCUGUCCCUGAUAGGAAGCAGAAGUCCAUCUAUGACACUGUCACUGACACGGCGAUGGUGGAGAAAGUGUUUGGCUUCCUCCCAGCCAUGAUCGGAGGUCAGGAGGGCCCAGCCCCAACACGCUUUGAGGACCUGGAAGUAAAGACCCAGAAACUGCCUGAGAUUGAUCUGGAUACAGUGCCCAUGAUGGAGAUGCCGGAAGAGGAUGUGGACGGCCUGUCCGAGUAUACCUUCCCCAAGUUUGCCGUAACUUACUUCCAGAAAUCAGCCAGCCACACCCACAUCCAGAAGCCUCUCCGAUACCCACUCCUCUACCACGAAGAUGACACUGACCACUCGGCAGCUCUGGCUGUUUGGACCAUCAUCCUGAGGUUCAUGGGUGACCUUCCGGAGCCAGUGGUCUAUGCCAGGGACAGCCUGAGUGGCAGCUCAGUGGUGCGGCUGGGCAAGGACGGCGGCCCUCGGGGUCCACAGCACAACAGAUCAGUACAGGUGGCCAGCCAGCUGAACAUUGGUGAAGAGGUGUUCAAGCACAAUGGCCCUGUCUCAGACAGACCCAUGACUAACCUGGAGAAGGUGCAUUUCAUCGUGGGCUACGCCAUCAUGCGUCCAGGACUCAGAGAUGAAAUCUACUGCCAGAUCUGCAAGCAGCUCUCCGAGAACUACAGAACAAGCAGCCGGGCCCGGGGCUGGAUUCUGCUCAGCCUCUGUCUGGGCUGCUUCGCACCCUCGGAGAGGUUCAUGAAGUAUCUGCUGAAUUUCAUUAGUCAAGGGCCAGCCAGCUAUGGGCCCUUCUGUGCUGAACGCCUGCAGCGCACCUUCACCAACGGGGUGCGAGCAGAACCCCCUACCUGGCUGGAGCUACAGGCUGUCAAGUCCAAGAAGCAUAUCCCGAUCCAGGUCAUCCUGGCAACUGGAGGGAGCUUGACCAUCUCUGUAGAUUCCGCCUCCACAUCACAGGAGAUCUGCCAGCACAUCGCUCAGAAACAGGGCCUCAGGGACCGUCUGGGCUUCUCCCUCCAGGUCGCCGUAUAUGACAAGUUCUGGUCCCUGGGCAGUGGCUCUGACCACGUGAUGGAUGCUGUGGCCCAGUGCGAGCAACUGGCCAGAGAGAGGGGUGAGAGCCAGCGCCAGUCGCCCUGGCGCAUGUACUUCCGGAAGGAGUUCUUCACCCCCUGGCAUGACUCCCGGGAGGACCCUGUGAGCACUGAGCUCAUUUACCACCAAGUCCUCCACGGAGUGUGGUCUGGCGAGUAUAACUUUGAGAAGGAGGAAGAGCUGGUUCAGCUGCUGGCCCGGCACUGCUACGUGAAGUUUGGGGCCACAGUGAAGAACGGCGCUGUCCAGGAGCUGUUGCCCAGCUGUGUUCCCUCCAAGCUGUACCGGACCAAGUCUCCGGAGAAGUGGACUAGCAUUGUUAUGGCUGCCCAUGCCAAGGCCCCGUACACCCAGUCGAAGGCCACCCCACUGGCAGUGAGGGAGCAGACAGUGGAGGCUGCCCGUUUUCUGUGGCCCCUGCUUUUCUCCCGGCUAUUUGAAGUCACCACUCUCUCUGGCCCCCGCCUUCCCAAGACACAGCUGAUUUUGGCCGUUAACUGGAAGGGGAUGUACUUCCUGGACCAGAAGGAGAGGACACUGCUGGGGCUGACCUUUGCAGAGGUCAUGGGUCUGGUCGCCAACAGGGACGCCCCGGGUGGACAGAAACUACUCCUGUCCACACUGCAUGAAGAGUACGAGUUCGUCUCCCCCAGCAGCGUGGCCAUCGCCGAGAUGGUGGCUUUGUUCAUGGGAGGCUUGAAGGAGAGGUCUGUGUUCGCCAUGGCCCUGCAGGACAGGAAGGCCACAGAUGAUGUCACCCUUCUGUCCUUCAAGAAAGGCGACUUACUGAUCCUGACCAAGAAACAGGGACUUCUGGCCUCAGAGAACUGGGUCCUGGGACAGAAUGACAGAACAGGCAAGACGGGGCUGGUGCCCACAGCCUGCCUCUAUAACAUCCCUUCAGUAACCAAGCCCUCAGCCCAGCUGCUGAGCCUGCUGGCCAUGUCACCAGAGAAACGGAAGCUGGCAGCCCAGGAGGUGCGGGCUGCAGAGCCACCGCCUGAGGAGGAGCUCACAGAGCCACCAUACACCCUGGAGGAAUUCUCCUACCAGUUCUUCAGGGUCCCAGAGAAGGAGACCAUCGGCAGGGCCGCAAUGCCCAUGGCCCGAAGCCGGGGCCAUCUGUGGGCCUACUCCCCAGAGCCGCUGCGCCAGCCACUGCUCAGAUGUGUCCAUGACAAAGUCAAACUGCGGGAUGCGGCCUGCCAGAUCUUCCUUGCCAUUCUCAAGUACACAGGCGACUACCCUUCCCGGCAGUCGUGGCACAGCGUGGAGCUCACAGACCAGAUGUUCUCCUUAGCCCUACAGGACCCAGCCCUUCAGGACGAGCUCUACUGCCAGAUCCUGAAGCAGCUGACUCACAACUCCAUCAGGUUCAGUGAAGAGCGAGCCUGGCAGCUGCUGUGGCUCUGCACAGGACUCUUCCCACCAGGCAAAACGCUGCUGCCACAUGCUCAGAAGUUCAUAGACUCCCGGAAGAAGAAGCCACUGGCUCCUGACUGCAGCCGCAGGCUGCACAGGGUUCUGAGGGUGGGACCCCGGAAGCAGCCUCCACAUCAUGUGGAGGUGAAGGCUGCUGAACAGAACGGCUCCAAACUAUGCCAUGAGGUCUACCUCCCCAAUGACACCAAUAAGACGAUGGAGGUGGGCAGCAGCAGCCGGGUGCGAGACCUAUGUGAGGGCAUCACCACUAAGCUGCGGCUGGCCUCCUGGGACGGCUGCAGCCUCUUCAUCAAGAUCGCAGACAAGGUCAUCAGCCUGAAGGAAGGAGACUUCUUUUUUGACAGCUUGAGGCAGGUAUCUGACUGGGUCAAGAAGAACAGGCCCCAGAAAGAAGGGGCCCCCACAACCCUUCCCUACCAGGUGUUCUUCAUGCGGAAACUGUGGCUCAGUGUGACCCCUGGCAAGGAUGUGAAUGCAGACACCAUACUCCAUUACCACCAGGAGCUGCCCAAGUAUCUGCGCGGGUUUCACAAGUGCUCCCGGGAAGACGUCAUCCACCUAGCAGGCCUCAUCUAUAGAGUUCAGUUUGGCGAUGACCGGUCUCAACUGGCCAGUGUCUCAAAGAUCCUGAAGGAACUGGUGCCUCAGAACCUCACGCGCCUGAUGUCCUCAGAGGAGUGGAAAAAGAGCCUGCUUCUGGAAUGUGACAAACACAAGCACAAGACGGCGGCAGAGGCCAAGGUGGAGUUCCUGAAGUGGAUCUGCCGCUGGCCUACCUUUGGGUCUGCCUUCUUUGAGGUGAAGCAAACCUCUGAGCCUUCCUACCCAGACAUUCUCCUCAUCGCCAUCAACCGCCAUGGGUUACUGCUCAUCCACCCCAAGACCAAGGAACUGCUGAACACCUACCCUUUCACCAAGAUCUCUAGCUGGAGUAGCGGCAGCACUUACUUCCACAUGGCACUGGGAAGCCUGGGCCAGGGCAGCCGGUUGCUCUGUGAGACCUCUCUGGGCUACAAGAUGGAUGACCUACUGACCUCCUAUGUACAGCAGCUCCUGAGCGCAGUGAACAAACAGCGGGGCUCCAGGGCCCCAGCCCUGGCAAACCCCUAACAGGUCUCAUCUGCACACAGCCUUCCAGGCUGGUCUCCCGUCUGCUUCUCGGCACACCAGAUUGUCUCGCCUGGGUGGUCACUGCAGAGGCCAGCAAAGGUCUCAAGCCUCCUGGCAGGUGGCGGGUAGUGCCCCUGAAUUCACAAUAAAGAUUUACCUAGCAA